AUGUACAAGUGGAAGUCUGCUGUGUACAAGUGUACGUCUGCUAUGUACAAGUGGACGUCUGCUAUGUACAAGUGGAGGUCUGCUAUGUACAAGUGGACGUCUGCUAUGUACAAGUGGAAGUCUGCUGUGUACAAGUGGAAGUCUGCUGUGUGCAGGUUCACGUCAGCUGUGUACAAGUGGACGUCUGCUGUGUACAAGUGCACGUCUGCUAUGUACAAGUGGAAGUCUGCUGUGUACAAGUGGAAGACUGCUGUGUGCAGGUUCACGUCUGCUGUGUACAAGUGGACGUCUGCUGUGUUCAAGUGCACGUCUGCUGUGUACAAGUGGAAGUCUGCUGUGUGCAGGUGCACGUCUGCUGUGUACACCAAGGCACCAACGCUCAGAAAUACCGACUGUGUGUCUACCAACCUGCACAACCAGGAAGUACGAUAUAAAUAG